AUGAGCCAAGAAGUCGCGCGCAGUGGAGUGAAGCCCUCGUGGAUCCCGAGCCCCGAGGAGGAAGGGCUACCAGUUGCAAGUGGCCGCUCUUCCCCGCCCGUCGCGUCCCCUUGCCCUUGCUCUGGCGCUGGCCCUGCUCCCCUAAGCCCUAAAGCCAAGCGGCGCGGCGCAGUGGAUGGGCCCUCGCACCCAUGCGGCCUUGAUGGCUUAGGGAGACACAGUGGGACAGUAAAGUUGUGCCAUGACCGGCACGGCGGCGCGUGGUGCCCGCGCAACAUGGUGACGUUGGAAGCACGCGAGUACCUGCAGGUGGACCUGGGCGCCAUGCACGCGGUAACGGCCGUGCAGACGCAGGGCCGCUUCGGCAACGGCAUGGGCCAGGAGUACGCCGAGGCCUACAUGCUGGAGUACUGGCGGCCUGGCCUCGACCGGUGGCUACGGUGGCGCGACCGCCGGGCGAAAGAAUUGCUGCAGGGCAACAGCAACACCUACACCGUGGUGGAGCAGCGCCUGGAGCCGCCCGUGCUGGCCAGCCGCGUGCGCUUCGUGCCUUACUCCGAGCACCUCCGCACAGUCUGCAUGCGCGUCGAGCUGCUGGGCUGCCGCUGGACGGAGGGCCUGCUGAGCUACGCCAUGCCGCAGGGCGCGCAGCGCGGCCCGGGGCUGGACCUGCGCGACCGCCUGUACGACGGACGCGACGAGGGCGGCCGGCUGUCGGGCGGGUUGGGCCAGCUCAGCGACGGCCGCCGCGGCGCCGACCUCUUCCGCCUGGACCAGCAGGCCCACGCCAAGGGCUCGGAGUGGGUGGGGUGGCGCAACGACUCCGCCGCGCUGCUAGGCCGCCCCGUCGAGAUCACCUUCGAGUUCGACCACGUGCGUAACUUCUCCGCGAUGUUCCUGCACACCAGCAACCUCUACAGCAAGGACGUGCAGGUGUUCUCCCAUGCUAAAGUGUACUUCAGCGUGAGCGGUCGCCAGUACUCGCCGGAGCCAGUGUUCUUUUCGUACAUGGCGGACCUGGCCCUGGAGCACGCGCGCAACGUCACCAUCAAGCUGCACGGGCGCGGAUACAAUUAA